AUGGCGGCCAUCAGCUUACACGGAUAUUUAUGCCAUGGGACGAAUCUUCGGAGGGAAGCACAUUACGACUUUGACUGGGUCUUGAUGCAUACGGAAUUCGUGGUCGUCGGAGGCGGUCCUGGUGGAAGCAUGGUGGCCCGACAGAUGAGCGAAGACCUUACGGUCAAUGUGUUAUUGCUCGAGGUUGGGGGUGAAAAUGACCCUGCGGUGGAUUCUGCUCUCGCUGUGCCGUUGUUCUACACGACGCUGACGCCAAAAUAUGGCUUACGAUCGGAACUAGACGACCAUUCCACAAGAAGUAGCUCAAUGGCAGAAAUCAUCUGGGCAAUUGGUUUGGGUGAUUCGAGUGCCGUCAACGACAUCGACAAAUGGGCCGAGCUUUUCGGGAGAUCAAGGCUGGGUGAGAAAUUCAAUAUCAUUCCUCGCAAUGGGCAUAACACCACUGGCCAAUACCUUCCUGCCUUCCAUGGCACCGACGGCGUGAUUGGUGUCAACCUUGUCGAUGGUGGACAGCGAUCCAGUGCGAAGGCGCACUUGCUCCGCGCUGAGAAUGAGGGUAGGGAGAACAUAGACGUGCUAUUGCAUGCUCGAGUGUCUCGCGUAGUGCCUACUGUGGACGGCAUGCUGGAUUUGAGAUCCGUGGAGGUACUGGAUCCUGCUGAUGGUAUGCAUGCAUACGGUCACUCAAAAAUCUCACUGCCCAAAAAUGAGAUAAUUCUCUCUACUGGGUCCGUUAUGACUCCGACCAUCCUUCAUUCUGGAAUCGGGGACCCCGAACUGCUCGAACCUCUCAGUAUAACCACCAUCUCGUCGCUUCCAUCUGUAGGAAAGAACCUUACCACAACCUUUAUCGUGAACUCGACCGGACACAUACGACACGACACGUCGGAGAACCAUGCCGCUUGGCUUCGUCUCCCAGACAACUCGACUAUGUUUGAUAACUAUUCCGAUCCUUCGUCGGGUCCCUUGACCCGCACAUUACGAAAUGGAUUAUCGAGUGUCAGAGCAAUCGAUAUCCUCAUCGUACUGGAACCCAUCAAAGCUGCUCGACGAUUCUUCAGUGGCCCCGCAUGGGAGGGCUACAUCCUCGGAUUGAGGAGUUUUAUCCGCGAAAAUGUGGUAUCAUUCUUCCACCCAGUCAGUACGGCGAGCAUGUCGCCAGUUAAGGGCGCGAGUGGGCUGAAGGUUGUGGAUGCGAGUGUGAUUCCUAGGUUGCCGGCAGUGCAUACGUCUGCUCCGGUGUAUGCUGUGGCGGAGAGGGCGGCGGAUAUCAUCAAGGCGGCCAUAUGGGUUGCAGGUUGA